AUGUCAAACACACCGUUAAGCAAUAAAAAUCAUAGUAAGAAGACGAAUAGUAGUAGAGAUCGGGAUAAAAAUAAGUUUGUUGCUUCGGAAUCUGGUGGCUCCAGCCAAUGUGAUACGCCGCCGUUGACAGAGAAGGAUGGAGGUCCAUCUCAAGGUCGGUUUGCUGGCAUUAGUCCUGACUCUGUCAUGUGCAUGGCAGAGCAAAUUGGCGCCGAGUUAAAUGCCGAGGCAGCGAACAACCUCGCUGAAGAUGUUAGCUAUAAACUAAGACAGACUAUUAGUACUUUAGCUUUGCAUAGUGAAAUGUUGAAGAAGUCCCGCUUGGACGCAUGGGAUGUGAACUCUGUACUCAUGCUAUCUGACACAAGCCCGGUGGUCGGCGCGUGUGGUACACUUUACACAACAUUCGGUGAAGAUAAACUAUGCUGUCCUAUUGAAAACUUUCUGAACGUCACGGAUUAUGCACUAACCACACAGAGCUAUGUGUAUUCCACGCUUCCCACCGUGUCAGUAGAGUGGAUAACAGAUGACAGAAGUCUGAAUAACAACAGCAAUAUCAGCGUCGCCCUACAGAAUUACUACACUAAGGUUGCCAGAGCCAUAUUGAACCUUCGUAGGAAACCAAAAGAGCUAGCAGUUCAAGAUCUAAUGACGAACACACGGAUAGGGCCGAUAUUUCCUAACUUGUUCAACUUGGCGGUGCUCGUGUUGAACGAUGACAACUUGAACGCACUCAAUGUGCCGGCCAAGAAACCGUUGCAAGCCAAUGUGUUGGAUAUGGUUGACGCUCUGUGCUCCAACCCUUGCAGCUUGGAUACGAAUAUACAACAGCAGUUUCAAAGGCUAUUCCCAGUCAUGGUGUCAAAUAUACUUGGAAACGGUUCGCUCGCAGAGAAAAUGGUCGCCAUAUUGACUAAAAUAAUACGCACGUGGCCGCCUUUCAUUACGAUUGGCAAAAGCAUCCUCUUCGACUACUUAUCGCAAGGCACCAAGGAGCGUCUGACGGCGCCGAUGAUCAAGUGUGUGUCGGCGCUGGGCCGCCGCAUGCUAGUGGACUGCCUGGGCGACCACCUCGACCACCUGGACAGCUGCCUGCACGCCGCCCCUGCCGCCACGCAGCCGCAGCUCAGGGACGCCAUACUCGAGGCGUCAACGUGCCUGCUCAGGUCGGAGCCAACGACGUACCUGGAGGACUACGUCACCACGGACUACACGCUCUACGAGAUGUUGGGCGACUCCAUCAUGCCGCGCCGGUUAAUAUUUCCAUACAGAGACGCAUCAAAACACGAAGACCAGAAUGCAGAAAGGUCAAACGAAGAAGACUUCUCGUUCAUGCCGCUCAGGCCCGUAAUCAGGCGGCCGAAGUUACGCCUGGUGCCCCCUACUUUGACGCGGAACCCCGUCCUCAGGGAUUUAGUGUUUGAACCCACCAAGUUUAGAAGUGAUAAGUGUAUUCAAAUUAAGAUUAGGAAUUGCAGGACACAAGUGCCCCGGCAUAGAAUGAGGGACAGACAACCUGAGUACGCCCCUGUGCAAUCGAGUGCGGGGGUCGUGGUCGCAAGCAGGUUACUCAAUAGGUUUAAGUGCAAAUUGAACAAGUCUAACGCAUUUCCAAUAUUUGGAGCUGUAAUAUUGUAAAUAUAAUUUAUUAUUGUUUUUA